UAGUUUAACAGGCAGCCUUGUAGCGCUGACAAAAGCCUCGCUCGCCGUGGCUUCCCUCCAUGUUCCUCUGCCCUGCGAGCUCGGCGGUGAUCUUUGGCAGGGGAUCGGCAGAGGAGGGGUGACGUUCAAGAGGCUUCCGCCGUGGCGUGCGCUCGCCUCCUCUACUCCCAGCCCAGUCUCCGCCGAGAGACUGAGGCAGGCGACCGAAUGAACUAGCAGCGGCUCGAUCCGACCUGCUUCCCCGGACGUCUCCCCGAGAGUCCGAGGAAGGCAAUCACUGGAAAGAGGCCAGGGAACCACGUUGCCCUGGAUCGUUGCCAACUGUACAAAGUUGACCGGGAAAAUGGCUCAGCAGACGGCAAGCCCGGACACCUUAACAGUCCCUGAAGUGGAUAAUCCGCAUUGUCCAAACCCCUGGCUGAACGAGGAUCUUGUGAAGUCCUUGCGGGAAAACCUGUUGCAGCACGAGAAGUCCAAGACAGCAAAGAACUCGGUUUCUCCCAAGCUCUCACCGGUGAUUUCGCCGAGAAACUCCCCCAGGCUCCUGCGCAGGAUGCUUCUCAGUAGCAACAUCCCCAAACAGCGGCGGUUCACAGUGGCACAUACGUGCUUCGAUGUGGACAAUGGCACAUCUUCUGGACGGAGUCCCUUGGAUCCCAUGACCAGCCCGGGAUCUGGGCUAAUUCUCCAAGCAAACUUUGUCCACAGUCAACGCCGGGAGUCCUUUCUGUAUCGAUCCGACAGCGAUUAUGACCUCUCACCAAAGUCUAUGUCCCGGAACUCCUCCAUUGCCAGUGACAUACAUGGAGAUGACCUGAUUGUGACUCCCUUUGCACAGGUCUUGGCCAGCCUGCGAACUGUACGGAACAACUUUGCUGCAUUGACUAAUUUGCAAGACCGAGCACCUAGCAAAAGAUCACCCAUGUGCAACCAACCGUCCAUCAACAAAGCCACCCUAACAGCUGAGGUAAUACCAGAAGAACUCAAGAGUAGACUUGAAGUGAUAUCAGAAGAAGGUGGUUACCCAAGUUUACUGACUGCUGAGGAGGCCUACCAGAAACUGGCCAGCGAGACCCUGGAGGAGCUGGACUGGUGUCUGGACCAGCUAGAGACCCUGCAGACCAGGCACUCCGUCAGUGAGAUGGCCUCCAACAAGUUUAAAAGGAUGCUUAAUCGAGAACUCACCCAUCUCUCUGAAAUGAGUCGGUCUGGAAAUCAAGUGUCAGAGUAUAUAUCAAACACAUUCUUAGAUAAGCAACAUGAAGUGGAAAUUCCUUCUCCGACUCAGAAGGAAAAGGAGAAAAAGAAAAGGCCAAUGUCUCAGAUCAGUGGGGUCAAGAAAUUGAUGCACAGCUCCAGUUUGACUAAUUCAAGCAUCCCAAGGUUUGGGGUCAAAACUGAACAAGAAGACAUCCUUGCCAAGGAACUAGAAGAUGUGAACAAAUGGGGUCUUCACGUUUUCAGAAUAGCAGAGUUGUCUGGGAACCGGCCUUUGACUGUUAUCAUGCACACCAUUUUUCAGGAACGGGAUUUAUUAAAAACAUUUAAAAUUCCAGUGGACACUUUAAUUACAUACCUAAUGACCCUGGAAGAUCAUUACCACGCUGAUGUGGCCUACCACAAUAAUAUUCACGCUGCAGACGUCGUCCAGUCAACACACGUGCUGUUAUCUACACCUGCUUUGGAGGCUGUGUUUACAGAUUUAGAGAUUCUUGCAGCAAUUUUUGCCAGUGCAAUACAUGAUGUAGAUCAUCCUGGUGUGUCCAAUCAGUUUCUGAUCAAUACAAACUCUGAACUUGCCUUGAUGUACAAUGAUUCUUCUGUCCUGGAGAACCAUCAUUUGGCCGUGGGCUUUAAGUUGCUUCAGGAAGAAAACUGUGACAUUUUCCAGAAUUUGACCAAAAAGCAAAGACAAUCAUUAAGGAAGAUGGUCAUCGAUAUUGUACUUGCAACAGACAUGUCAAAGCACAUGAAUCUACUGGCUGAUUUGAAAACUAUGGUUGAAACUAAGAAAGUGACAAGUUCUGGAGUUCUUCUUCUUGACAAUUAUUCUGAUAGGAUUCAGGUCCUUCAGAACAUGGUGCAUUGUGCCGACCUGAGCAACCCAACCAAGCCUCUCCAGCUAUACCGCCAGUGGACGGACCGCAUCAUGGAGGAGUUCUUCCGCCAAGGGGACCGAGAGAGGGAGCGGGGCAUGGAGAUAAGCCCCAUGUGUGACAAGCACAAUGCCUCUGUGGAAAAAUCACAGGUGGGCUUCAUAGACUACAUUGUUCAUCCUCUCUGGGAGACGUGGGCAGACCUGGUCCAUCCCGACGCCCAGGACAUUUUGGACACUUUGGAGGACAAUCGUGAGUGGUACCAGAGCACAAUUCCUCAGAGCCCCUCCCCGGCGCCAGAUGACCAGGAGGAGGGCCGGCAGGGUCAAACUGAGAAGUUCCAGUUUGAACUGACUUUAGAGGAGGACGGCGAGUCAGACACCGAAAAGGACAGUGGGAGUCAAGUGGAAGAAGACACGAGCUGCAGUGACUCCAAGACACUCUGCACUCAAGACUCGGAGUCCACCGAAAUCCCCCUGGAUGAGCAGGCGGAAGAGGAAGCCGUGGGGGAGGAGGAGGAGGAGGAGAGCCAGCCCGAGGCCUGUGCCAUCGGAGACCACUCGCCCGACACAUAACAGGGCAGACACUUCCAUGCCUUUUGUUUGCGUUUUUUGUUUUUUUAAGUAGAAACAUUGUUUCCAAAGUGCAUGUCACAUGCCACAACUACGGUCACACCUCACUGUCAUCUGCCAGGACGUUUGCGGAACAAAACUGACCUUGACGACUCAGUCUAGCGCUCAGGAAUAUCGUCACCAGUUUUUUCACCUCCAUGUCAUCAGAACGAGGGGGACAUCUUCACGAACAGCAGUGUCACAAGAUUGCAGCUCGGUCGAGCUGAAGAAGCAGAGAAAAAUCAACUCCAAAGUGUUUUCUAGGGAGUGUGGCUCAUCAGGCAGCCCAAAAGUUGAGAUGAUUUGGGGGUUCUUUUCCUUUUUAUUUGUUUGCAAUAUUUUCAGCAGCAAGAAGGCGUUACAUGGACGGAGCGAAGCAACAAGUGGGUCAGGAACAGGACACAUUGUGAAGCUGUUACCAGGAAGAAGACGAGCCACAGAAAUUGCAUAAUUUUUCUAAUUUCAAGUCUUCCUGAUACCUGACUGAAUAGUGUGGUUCAGUGAGCUGCACUGACCUCUACAUUUUGUAUGAUAUGUAAAGCAGAUUUUUUGUAGAGCUUACUUUUAUUAUUAAAUGUAUUGAGGUAUUAUAUUUAAAAAACUACGUUCAGAACUUCAUCUGCCACUGGUUAUUUUUUUUCUAAGGAGUAACUUGCAAGUUUUCAGUACAAAUCUGUGCUACACUGGAUAAACCUAAUUUACAAAUUUUACUUGCACCUUAGACGUCAUAGCAAUUAACUGAUUUGUAGUGACCCAUUGUUUUAUAUACCAAUGACUUCCAUAUUUUAAAAACAAAAAUUGACUUUAUGUUGCAGGAAACCCUUUUUGUAGGUCUUCGUUUACUGGCUUUUCGUUUCACUCUUUUCAGACACGCAGAGUUGCUCCCCACUUACAUUUCUCUUCACCGUGUGCAAAGUGAAUACUUGUUCCACAAUACUUUGAUGUGCAUUCUGUCUAAUGUGUCUCAAGCCUCAUGGACACUCAGUCAUCAGUUGGUGUUGUCUGAAGCAAGUGAGAGAUAUAUAAAUACCCAGUAGCUAGAAUGGUCAGUCUUUUUUAGAUAUUUUCCUACUUAGUGUCUUCUGAGAACAUUUUGCUGUGGCGAUAGACCCUCAUUUCACAAGUGCAUGUCUUUGUAAUAACCCACACAUUUCAUGCUCAUUUUUGUUUUCACAGUCAUAGUAAGAACUUUUCCCCCUUGUGCUGCUUCAUUAUCAGUGUGUGUUUGAACCUCUGUCCACAUUCACUGCGUGGUGUCUUAUCAGAUACAUCACCACCAUGCUGACUGAUGCAAAGAACAGGUAGUCAAGUUAGAGUUAGCUUUCUUUUCUGCCAUGAGGUCAUAUAUAAUGACUAGCUUUUACUUUUGAUUUACGAAGAAACGUUAAUAGCUAGCUAGGUAAUUUUUUAACAAUAUUAGCAGAAUAUAUUAAUGAAGACCAGUACAAUGAAUGCUCUUUUGUUUCUCUGAUUUCACUGUGGGAUUAAGAACUGUAUGAGGAAUAUUCCUGAGAAGUGAUUUUAAGUGUAGCAAUGACUCUUCCUUAAAGGACAGCCAUGUAACACGUAGCACUUGAUUUAUCAGUUAUCUUUGAUCCAUAAGUAUGUCUUGUGGAGAAGAACUUCUUUAAAUACACUGACAGAAAGAAGUUGAUGAUGCCCCUGGCACCAGAGAUUUGGCAAUAUAAUGCCGUUUUAAAAUACUGGGCUGGGUAAGAAGAUUCUGCCUAAGUCAAACAUUAGAGAUCACUGUUGGCUAAAUUUAGCAUCAAGAAAUGUAUUACAAUUUUAGAGAUUGAUUCCCAGUAUUUACCUUCAAUUGGCAUCUUGGGGCAUUUAUCUAGUUUGGACUUCCUUCCCACUUCAGCUCUUAGUAAAGUGUUUACCUUCUCUGUGAAGAGUUUGGAGCCCAAAUAAUCAUUUUUUAGAGUGAUAUCCAAGAACCCAAGUAGAGGCUAAAGGAGUAUCAGACCAAAUGGAAAAUAAAUAAAAUUGUAACCCUGAAAAACAUUUAUAUUGGGGAUGUCAAAAGAAGCCAUCUGGGGACUAAUCAGUAAGUCAGCAGCCAGGGAAAUGACCCAAGCUGAAGAUACUAUUUUAAUCCCCUGAGAUCCACUGAUGCUUAGAAAUUUGGAUAGAAAAAUUAUGUAGCUCCGAUCUUUCACACAGAGCACAGGAUAGGAAUUGACCAAUUAUCAGAUUUCCACCCUCCUUCCCCUGUAAAAAUCAGACUUUCAAAGAAAGUCUUAUGUUUGGCAAGUGGUUUCACCAGAAUAUUUGGAAACUUGUUUCCAUUUUUAUUUGUCCCUGAUGGAGGUUUAGAGGAAAAGGCAAAGAAUCUAGUGUUUAUUCCUUUCUCAAAAUAUUCUCAUUCCUUCCCCUCCCUAAUGCUUGGUAUUUCCCCCACAGAGUGCCUAGAAUCUUAAUAAUGAAAAAAAAAAAAAAAUUAAAACAGCAAUAUGUCACAAACAAAUCCAGACCUGAAAAGAUUUAUAACUGCACUAAAAAAGAGAGGCUUUUUCUUUUUCAAUUUGUUGGUUUUUAAUGGUCACAUGUUGUAAAGAUAUCCACUGAUGGACAAUCAAAUUGUAGAAGAGACAUAAUAUCCAAAAGACAGGGACUAGUGCACUAUACACUCUACUUCUCCUCUCCCUUCUCUUUCGCCAAAGUGUGCUUCAGAAUUAUACACUGCUUUAAAAAGAAUAUCCUUUUAAAAGUGACUUUACGUUUCCUAAAAUGCCAUAAGAAAAUGCAAUAUCUGGGUACUGUACGGGGAAGAAAAUGUCCAAGUUUGCAUAAAACCAGUACAUUUCAGCUUGCAAGUUACUAAACACAAUAAUGCUGUUUUAAUUUUCUUUUACGUCACUUAAAAUUCACAAGAAAAUAAUGUAGAUAGAACAAAUUGCAGACAAGGAAAAAAAAACUUGAAUGAAGUGGAUUUUACAGAAAGCUUUAUGAUACUCUUUGAAUGCAUUAUUUAUUUUUUAUGCCAUGCAUUUUUUUCUCACCAAAUGACCUUACCGGUAAUACAGUCUUGUUUGUCUGUUUACAACCAUGUAUUUAUUGUAAUGUACAUACUGUAAUGUUAAUUGUAAAUUAUCAGUUCUUAUUAAAACAUCAUCCCGCAAUGGGAUGGUGUUGAUAUAUUUGGAAACUCUUGGUGAGAGAAUGAAUGGUGUGUAUACAUACUCCUUGUACAUUUUCUUUUCUUCUAUAAAAUAGUCUUGUCACCUUAGAGCUUGUUUAUGGAAGAUUCAAGAAAACUAUAAAAUACAUAAAGGUAUAUAAAAUUAAGAAAACAUAGCUGCAGGUCUUUGGUCCCAGGGCUGUGCCUUAACUUUAAUCAAUAUUUUCUUCUGUUUUGCUGCAUUUGAAAGUUAGGUAAUGGUGGGGCUAGGGCUGGGCAUUUUUACAUCUGAGCUUUGAAUCUGUUGGAUUUCUGGCAACAGCUGGAUUUUACAGAAACAUGGACAACCUCUGGAGCAUUCUGAGACCCUUUUGAGAGACAAGCCCUUAAGUACUUUUUGCCAUGAAGCAGCAUGGCAUAUAUGAUGGUGAUUUUUCCCUAACAGAUACUAACUGAGCUACUUUAGUUAGUUACAUUUGAUUUUUUAUUUUCAAACACUACUGGGAAGAUAUAUUCUUGUCCAGUGAUUAUAAAAAGUCUUUUUAGACCUUAAAAGUCUUCUAGAGCACGUGGGCAAAUGAAUUUGAUUUGAAACUAGAGCCGUAGGUCACGUGUGUCAGUAAUUUAUUCCUUGGCUUCCUGUCAUGUUAAGGAAAUAUAUAAUAUGAAAAAGGUCAUUUUUUUAACCCUUCAACUAAGAUGAACCAAAUUUCCUUAUGUAUGUAAAUCCAUAUAUUUAAACACAAAGUUUUAUAUGAUGCCAAUUCACACAGCAUAAUGGAUUCACCAUUCUCUAGAAUCUGUUUCAGCAAAACUUACAUUGCUUUAGAAUUUUUAAAUUCAACCUUGCACAAGCUCCUAAAAGCUAUGAAAAAUUCCCAGUGGCCCAGCCCUCAGGAUGUGUGACUUAGUGAAAGGAGAGAUUCUUCUUCUAGAAAAAAUGAGCCUCCUUUUCUUUUCUUUCUUUCUGUCUUUUAUUUUAUUUUUUUUUUUGACACAAACUGUAGAUUUUAGCAGCCCUGGCCCAAAGGAAUUUGAUUACUUUUGUUUUAAACAGUACAACGGGGACACUAUAAUUACAAAAAAACAUCCUUACUGAUUUUAGUUGUUUUUAAUUUGAUUUCUUUGGAUAUGUUUUCAGAGUGGUAAAUUGUGUGUGAGCAUUACAAAUGAUGAUUCUUUUAGUGGUUUCUUAGCCUCUCUUACAGCCCAUGGGGAUAGUACUGUACAUCAAUACCUUCAUAUGAAAUUUUUAUAUGCAAUGGAAAUAAAAGCAUGGGUUGAUUCUGCCUA